GACAUGGACUUGUCGACGUACCAACGGCGAUACGAUCUUUUCGUACGGCGUGCGCGUGCGUUGGGCCUUUCGGACAGCGAAAUUCUGGCCAUUCCAAGCGUCAAACGUGUCGUCUCACCACGAAGUCGAUGGAAAACGGCACUCCUAGUGGCAGCCUUGGUCUUAUGCGUGGGCGUAGUCAUCGAGGUCCAAUACGUGUACCAUGUAAUCGACCUGAAAUCGACAUUCGCCCGAGUCGGCGUGGACAUCUCGGAAAUACAAUGCGUUGUUGACAAUUUUGAGUUCAUAGCAGACAUGUUCAGACCAUACGUCGACUGCUCCGUCUGCAACAUUACAGGAAUCGAUCGAAUAUCGAACAUCAGCCAGAGAGAAUUCCUUCGCAAAUAUGCAUAUUCCGGCCGUCCUGUUGUCAUCACGGACGGAGCUAGAGGCUGGUCGGCACUCGACAAGUUCAGUUUUGAGUUUUUCAAGGAAUUGUAUGUGCCCGACAGUCCCAACCUAGAGACGACAGACAGGGAGUGCCAGUUCUUUCCGUAUCAGACGAAGUUUGAGAGCUUGGGUGAGGUGUUUAACAUGUCUGAGGAUAGAAGAGAUGGUGUUGUGGGAGAGCCGUGGUACAUUGGAUGGAGUAACUGCGAUUCCUCAGCUUCUCGUGUCCUUCGGCAGCAUUACACGGCACCAUAUUUCUUGACAAGAACAAUGGAAUCGAGCAAAACAGAUUGGAUAUUUAUGGGCAGCCCUGGCUAUGGAGCUCAUCUCCAUAUUGAUGCGAUAGAUAGGACAUCAUGGCAAGCACAGAUCAAAGGCAGAAAAGAGUGGACUUUGGAGCCACCACCCGAGUGUUACUUCGAAUGUCCACCAUUGCACAGUACCAUACUGGAGACCGGAGAUAUCUUUGUGGUCGAGACGAUGAAGUGGUUUCACAAGACUCUGAUUGUUAGUAAUGAGAUGAGUAUUACAAUCGGCUCCGAAUUCGGUUGAACUCAGUAUUGAUGUGAAGCGAGUUGAGUGACAUGAUUGAAAUAGGUAGUGCGUAGUUUAUGGUGAUUUAAGUAGUUCGAAUGUUUCUGAAAACUAUUGUCUUGAUAGUCUGUGGCAUAUCCAGAUUAUGGUAUCACAUUACUUUGGUGUCAGUAUAGAAACACAAAACAAGUAGGCCUUAUGACAUCAAUCAAGUACAUUUGUUCUUUUUAUGUAUGAUAUGCAUGCUGAGGAUAACGGUUACAGGCGAAUGUGCAAUGGUAGAAAUUAAAUAGUGAAUAAACUUUUUUAUUCUUUU